UUUUCGCUGAGCACCUCGUUUACUUCGUUUCAGUCUAUUGUUUUUUUUUAUUAUUUUCUGUCUGUCUAGUAUUUUUAUUUGAAAAUGUAUAUUCGGAUUGGAAAAGUGAAUAGCUGAAGCGAGCGAGUGAGUGAAUGAAGUAACUUUUGGAGCGGGGUUCGGUUGGCCGUUAUAUUAUUGCUACUGCACACGUACUACGAUUCUAACCGCUUCAAGCCAAGCAAUGGUUAAAUCAAUUGCAUCAAACGAAGAGCGAACACCUAACUAGUUGGCGAUUUGCCGCAGCGUACACACCGUUUUGAUUUACCUGUGCUUUGUGACUUGUAUGCAUUCGCGCUUACAUACCGACCGCUCAUUUGAUUGUGUACACAUUUUUUUAAAUAGUUUUUUUUUCAUUUAUUUUUUCGUCUUUCUCUUUCGCGCUCUCGCUUUUCGCCACCGUCACACUGUGAUUAUUGUUAUUUCGUUUUUCAAAUAGAGUUAUGUGUCGCUCACUUGUGUACAGGCUCUCUUUCUCCCUCUGCUCACCGCCCGACCAAAUUGCAAUUCCAAAUCCAAAAGUGUUCAUGUGACUAAAACCAACCAAGUUAAUAUUCGGUGUUUGUGUGCGCUAGGCGCUUACGAUCGCGCACAAAAUAUAUACUCUUUUUUUUUGUACGUUCGUUCGUUAGAUUAGUUCGCGUGUUGAAUCAAUCGGAUGCGGUCGGAUAUUUUUGCAUUGUGGAAAUAAAUAUACAUUUAUUGCAAAACGAUCUGACCAUAAAAAUAUUGGGCGAAGAAAAUAUUAAGCUAAACAUCGACAUCGAUUUUAAUUCACUUGUUUUUCUUUGCUGCGCUUGAGUGUAUGUAGAAAAUGAGAAAGAAAAGCCCUUACAAAACCGAAAAAAAGUGGUGAAUUUGCAUUUCCGAAUUUAGUUUAUGAUGCAUUUGAUUGCAAAAAUGGGUGCAAAAACAUUCGACAGCUGCAUUUUAACCUCGAUCACAAAUUUGCAUCGAAAUGACCACGUUGGAUUUAUCACGUUGAAAUAAUCUGCUUUCUCUGUGAACUCUGUACGUGUAUAUCAUAUAUUAAACCAUAAAAUAAAAGACAAUCGACAGUGCAGUUCAGUGCGACUGCACAAUACGUGUUUAUCAUUUUGUGGCCGAAACUGACUGUAAUUUUGUAGUAAAGGACAUACAAAAUCAUUUAUAACUAAACCGAUAAAAUUGAAGAAAAUUGAAACGUCGUUGAAGAAAAUCAAUUUUUACAAUUUAAUAAAAAAGCGAACAAAAAAAUAAAACAAUGAAAAGUCGCACAAAGCAAGUAACAUCAUCGUUGCCAUCGGUAUCAGCGGGCUCAACGAAUGUCACAUAUCCAUCAAUUAACUCAACUUAUUGGUUGCCCACAUCUAAUCCAACACCAUACGUUCUACCAGAGCGAAAACUGUUCGUUGGUAUGCUUAGCAAGAAAUACAAUGAACAGGAGGUGCGACAACUAUUUUCUGGCUAUGGUUCUAUUGAGGAAUGCACGGUGCUACGUGAUCAGAAUGGUCAAAGCAAGGGAUGUGCUUUUGUUACAUUUGCAACAAAACAAAAUGCAUUGGCCGCCAUAAAAGGAUUAAACCAAACUCAAACGAUGGAAGGGUGCUCUGCUCCAUUGGUCGUCAAAUUUGCCGAUACACAAAAAGAAAAGGAACAGAAAAAAGUUCAACAAAUGCAAGCGGCUAUAUUAUCAACCAUAAAAAGUACAGGUACGACAUCGUCGGGUGCAGGUUUGACUGCUAUUUCCCCCGGCGUUGCAAUUACCAGCGAUUCAAUAACAAAUUCAUUGAGUAGUGCUAAUGGCAAUUCGGCUACAACAGUCGCUAAUCUUCCGAUGAAUCUUGGAUUAAGCAGUUCAGUACAAGCAAAUGGUUUGAUUACAAUGCCCAACGCAACAGCAUUGACAUCGAAUUCAUCACUUCUAACGAAUCCACCUCAAACGUGUAAUAUGCCUUUUAUUGGUGCUGAUGCAUUGUCAACGUCAUCGCUUCAGUUUUUACAGCAAAUGCAAGCGAUGGGACAAAUGCAACAACAGCUUCUACAAGGACUUAAUGGUGCUCAAUUGGACACAUCGAACAAUCCACUGACAGGUUCCACGGCCGCAACGCAUGCUGGCUUAUUGCAACCACUUUCGAUGCAAAAUCUUCUUGCAAUGGCAUGUAUUGGUCAAUCACAGCUAAGCCCAACUGCGUCUAGUCAAUCACUGUCGGGUGCUCAGCUUGGUACAACAACAACGCCACUUUGGUCAGUUCAAGAUUAUACAACAGCUGCAUUGCCUCAAUACGCCAGUGGACUGUAUGCUCCAUCAUGUACUGCAAAUGCCCUGAAUACGACAGCGUCGCUGGUUGCCGGCAAACAAAUUGAAGGUCCUGAAGGUGGAAAUUUGUUCAUAUACCAUUUGCCACAAGAGUUUACAGAUCGUGAUUUAGCCAUAACAUUUCUUCCAUUUGGCAAUGUUAUAUCGGCCAAAGUGUUUAUUGAUAAACAAACCAAUUUGUCAAAAUGCUUCGGUUUUGUGUCGUAUGAUAAUGCGACUUCAGCACAGUCGGCCAUUCAAGCCAUGCACGGCUUUCAGAUUGGUUCCAAAAGACUAAAAGUACAAUUGAAACGGAAUAAGGAUGCGGCGAAGCCAUACUAAAACUUUUAUUUCAUAUCGUUAUUUCGCGCAAUUUUUUUUUAAACGCAAUUUUAUCUUUGACACAAUAAAUGUGACGUUAAAACAAUCGAAUCUCACCGAGAAUCGAGUAUAUAAUACAUAUAAAUCGUAAGAAAAGUUCUGUUGCAAUUAAAUAUUUAAGUUUUUUUUUUAAAUAUUUGUAGCGAAUAUCAAAUUCAAACUACCGACGAACUGAUGGCCACUAGAAAAUGAAAGCACUUAAUUAUGAUACAAAAUAAUAUAAGUCAAAAUAAUGAUCUUUUAGAUAUUAGCACAGAAUUCGAAAUGGAACAUUUUUUUUUUGUCACGUACCUUAAAUCAUACCAAAUAGACACUAUCGCAAAGAAAGUCAACUCGAUAGACAAAGAAAACCGAUAAGUUUAAUUACCUUGUGCAUGCGUAGUCAUUAAAAAAAAAAAACAUUUGAAAAAUAAAAUAAGGCUAAUCAAUGCCUUAAUAAAGACUCGAA